AUCAAUGCUAACAUCGAAGUUUUUCCACCUCUACGCCUUCUUUUUAUUUCCGCCGUUUGCCGAGAAAGUUGGAAAAUCAUGGGCAAGCCAAGAGGUCUGCGCACUGCCAGGAAGCAUGUGAACCACCGUCGGGACCAGCGUUGGGCCGACAAGGACUACAAGAAGGCUCAUUUGGGAACCAGAUGGAAGGCCAAUCCCUUCGGAGGUGCUUCCCACGCCAAGGGAAUCGUCCUUGAGAAGGUCGGUGUCGAGGCCAAACAGCCCAACUCUGCCAUCCGCAAGUGCGUGAGGGUGCAGCUGAUCAAGAACGGCAAAAAGAUCACCGCUUUCGUACCCCGUGACGGUAGCUUGAACUACAUUGAGGAGAACGACGAGGUCCUGGUCGCCGGUUUCGGUCGUAAGGGUCAUGCCGUCGGUGAUAUUCCCGGUGUCCGUUUCAAGGUCGUCAAGGUGGCCAACGUUUCUCUCCUGGCCCUCUACAAGGAGAAGAAGGAGCGCCCAAGAUCUUAGAUGAACACGCAUCUAAUCUUUUUCCAGACAAGCAGAGUUAGGGUUUUACAAAACUAAAUAAACAAAAAAUGAAACAAAGCUGUUUAUGUUUCAAUUAAAUGUGA